AUGUUAAGAUUAAUUGGCUCAAAUUUAUUAAAGAACUCAAAACAAGUAAGAUUAUUUACAACUGCAAAUUACAAACCAGAAUCAUGUGUUAAAGAAGAACCAGCUAAAAAAGUCAGUGCUAAUGUUGAAAAUUUAAAAGAUGAAGAAAUCAUUGGUUUAGUUGAUAAGGGUGAAAUUCAACCACACAAUUUAGAAACUCGUUUACCAAACGAUUUCAGAAGAGCUGUUCAUAUUAGAAGAAAGUUAUUAGCUAGAGAUCUUCAAAAAGAACAUCAAAGAGCUCUUCAUGCUCAAGCUGUUGUUGCUGCAGCUGAAAAAGCCGCCACUUCAGGUGAAGAUCCAGCCUCAAUUCCAACUGUUACUGCACCAUCAUCAAAUUUAGAUUUCGAUUCAUCAAUUAAUAAUAUUCCAUUAGAUGGUUAUGAUUACACUAAAGUUUUAGGUGCAUGUUGCGAAAAUAUCAUUGGUUACAUCCCAAUCCCAAUUGGUGUUGCAGGUCCAAUUUUACUCGAUGGCAAAUUAGUUUCCAUUCCAAUGGCCACUACUGAAGGUUGUCUUGUUGCUUCAACUCACAGAGGUGCUAAAGCUAUCACAAAGAGUGGUGGUGCUAAAUCAGUUGUCCUCCAAAACGGUAUGACCAGAGCUCCAGUUUGUCGUUUACCAAGCGCUGUUAAAGCUGCUGAACUCAAACAAUGGAUCGAAAACCAAGAAAACUUUUAUCAAGUUGCCUCAGCCUUCAACUCUACCUCAAGAUUCGCUCGUUUAAAGAAUAUCAAAGUUGUUAUUGCUGGUAGACUUGUAUAUUUAAGAUUCAAAUCAUCAACUGGUGAUGCUAUGGGUAUGAAUAUGGUCAGUAAAGGUGUCGAAAAAGCUAUGGAAGUUAUUAGCGAAUAUUUCCCAGAGCUCGAAGUUCUUUCAUUAUCAGGUAACGUCUGUACCGAUAAAAAACCAUCAGCCAUCAAUUGGUUAGAAGGUCGUGGUAAAUCAGUUGUUGCUGAAGCUGUUAUCAGCGGUGAUAUCGUUAGAGAUGUCUUAAAGACUACUGUCGAUUCUUUAGUUUCAUUAAAUGUCGAUAAAAAUUUAAUUGGUUCAGCUAUGGCUGGUUCAAUUGGUGGUUUCAAUGCUCACGCUUCAAAUAUUGUUACUGCUCUUUACAUUGCCACUGGUCAAGAUCCAGCUCAAAAUGUCGAAUCAUCAAAUUGUAUUACUUUAAUGGAAAGUAUCAACAAUGGUAAAGAUUUAUACAUUUCAGUAACUAUGCCAUCUAUCGAAGUCGGUACUGUUGGUGGUGGUACACAUCUCCCAGCUCAAGCUGCUUGUCUUGAUCUCCUCAAAAUUCGUGGUGCCAACGUUGAACGUCCAGGUGCCAACUCUGAACAAUUAUCAAGAGUCGUUGCUGCUGCCGUCCUCUCUGGUGAAUUAUCUUUAAUGUCAGCUCUUGCUGCUGGUCAUCUCGUUCGUUCUCACUUAAAACACAACCGUAAGACUGAAACUAAACCACAACCACAAGCUGAUCAAAUCUCAAUGUCACACAACUUACCACACACUGAUUAA